GAUCUACAAGAUGAAAACAUGGGAGUUUAGAUAGUGUUUUUUUCUUCAGUUUUUAUUUUGAAUUUUCUAUAAACUAGUGCUUAUAGUAAUGCCGAUUAGUACUAUUUAAKCCAUACUCGAGUGAGUCGUGUUGUCUGACAAUUCAAUCAUGGCGAGGGUGCGAUACAUGUGCGAUGUUGAUAAAUCUGUUCUUGUCAACAAUUUUGAAAAGCGYGGAUGGGUUCCUUGUGCUGAUGAUGAGGACUGGAACUUCUAUUGGGCAAGUGUGCAAACAGUCAGGGCAAUAUUCAAUGUGGAUACUGGAUACAGACUAGCUGAUGACCAGGUCAUCAAUCAUUUCCCUAACCAUUAYGAGCUCACUAGAAAAGAUCUGAUGAUGAAGAAUAUCAAAAGAUAUCGCAAAGAACUUGAAAAAGACAAUAAUCCUUUAGCUGAGAAAGAUGAACUUGGAAGAUAUCUUCACUUGGAUUUUAUUCCUGUGACAUUCAUUUUACCUGCUGAUUAUAACUUAUUUGUGGAGGAGUUUAGAAAAUACCCAUCAAGCACCUGGAUUAUGAAGCCGACAAAUAGAUCUCAAGGAAAAGGCAUAUUUCUCAUCAAUCGUCUGUCUCAGCUAAAGAAGUGGUCCAAAGAUAGCAAAGGAACUCCAUUAAUGCAUGUAACUGGAAGAGAUGCAUACAUGAUCUCACGAUACAUUGAUAAUCCUUUGCUUAUUGGAGGAAAGAAGUUUGAUUURCGUAUUUAUGUGACAGUCACAUCAUUCAGACCACUGAAAGCAUAUGUGUACAGACAUGGUUUUUGUAGAUUUUGUACAGUACAAUACAAUGCAAGUUUGAGUGAACUUGAUAAUGUCUUCAUUCAUCUUACAAAUGUUGCUAUUCAGAAACAUGGGGAUGAUUAUAAUUCUCAACAUGGUGGGAAGUGGACUGUGAAGAAUUUAAGAUUAUACCUGGAGGGAACCAGAGGAAAAGAGUUGACAGAUAAGCUAUUUGAUGAUAUUAACUGGUUGAUGGUGCAUUCUCUUAAAGCUGUUCAGAAUGUCAUUGCCAAUGAUCGACACUGCUUUGAAUGUUACGGAUAUGAUAUCAUAAUAGAUGAUAACCUGAAACCUUGGCUAAUUGAGGUUAAUGCAUCUCCAUCUUUGACRUCUACCACAAGUGCAGAUAGAAUAAUGAAAUACAACUUAAUCCAUGAUACUUUAAACAUUGUUGUACCAAAUGGAGAAAUCCCUGAUGUACGAUGGAACAAACUACCGUCUAAAGAGGCAUUGGGUAGCUAUGACAUUCUUUAUGAUGAAGAAUUAGCACAACAGGAUGUUGUUGACAGGGACCUCAAAUCAAGAACUGGCCAGGGAGGGGUGGGUAGGGGCAGCAAAGACAAGCCUAAGCCUACAACAUGGAAGUAAAAUUAAACAUUUUGUUUUCUUUAUUUCAUGCACAUACUAGUAAUUUAUUCUUGAAGCAAUGUAAAAACCYGUAAAUAGAUAUUGUACUGAUAUAUUAUAAAUGCAAUUAAAAGUAUGAAAAUUCUAUGUAUGGUAGAGUGGACACAACUCUGGCAUGUGAACUCAAUGCAUAACACAGAAUUGAAUUUGUACAGUAUGAUCAGGUUGUUGUUGGUGAUCCUAGACUAAGAAAUACUCCUAAAAGAUACCAAUUAUGCAGGUCCUUUAUCCCUGUAAGACCUCAGCUCAAAAUGAACACAUUUAGUUGAGUAGACAUGUGGAAAUGCACUUAACUGAUUUAUGUCUCUUCUGAUUGGUCAAUGAACAAUAAACAUACUUA